AUGGCUACCUCGCUACAUCCUCACUCUUCCAAUCCCUUUCGAGAUCCUAAUAGGACUCCAGCAGUGACGCCGCAAGCUACGGGGACAUCGACCACUUCGUUGAACCCGUUCUUGCAUCCAGCUGAAACGGUGACGCCACAAGCAACAGGUACAAGCCAGUACUUUACUCCUCAACCCACUGGAACACUAUCACCCCAAGCAACCGGAGCGCAUUCAACCGCUGCACCCAUCGAAACACAAAGCACCGGAUCAUACUAUACCCCUACUUCCUCGAACUUGGGGGCCGAAUCUACUACGUCGUACACACCACCCAGCGGCCCUCCUCCCUCAGCAACUCCCACACCCAGCUCCCCACCCAGAUCUACAUAUGCACCACCAGAGGGGCCUCCUCCGCAGCGAUAUGCACCUCCAUCAGGUCCACCUCCACAGCCUCGAGCACCAUCCCCGACUCCGACUAUAAACGUGGAGCCACCGCCUCCUUAUACCCCGGCAGCCGAUGUUCGGCACGGAGAAAUACCACUCGAAACUGGUCCUCGCCGCGCCUAUGCACCCGAUUGGCACCCAGACGGACGAACAUGGCGCAACGAGCAUGUGCCCGCACCCACUUCACCCAGUCCACCCGCCACAAGGACGGAAACACAAUGGGAUUCGCUGGCUUCCACCUGGAGGCGACCGAGCGCGAGCGCCAGUUCACCCAAUCUGGCUACUCAGCAGACAGGAUCGAAUAGCUCGUGGAGCGAGUAUCCUGGGCUGGCACGGCAUGGGACGACGGUUCGGCCUCCUCCCAGGCAUCCUUCUCAGCCUUUGGAGCGAGCGAACACAGCUGUUGGGACUGGUUCGUCUCGCGUUGGGCCUGGGCCGCCGACCACGACUCCGACCCCUGGGCGAGCUUUGCUGCAUAACGGCAAGGUCCUGGCUUAUCCUGCUCAAUACGAAUGUAACAAAUGUCACCUUACUGGUUACGUGGCCUAUGAUCCAUCCAAUCCGUGCCGCGAAUGUUGGUCGCUGUUUGCUCAGCCUUAUGAAGGAGUACUGAGCUUUGCGCCUUGGGACUCUCCUGAGUCUGUUACUUCGGAUGAACAAAACCUCCAGCGACCUCUACCCUCGUCUAGUUCUCCCCGGACCCAGUCGAGGCCUCAACGACCCUUGGCCAGUUCAUCGCGCCCCGUCUCUCAUCCCCAGCAUUCGUCCUAUGGACCAGGGCAACCUCUCGGAUCGUUACCCCCUGCUGGCUGGUCGUCGUCCUCGAGCUUGAGACCCUCGGCUACAUUAUCCUACGGCCGGCCUCCUCGGGGAGCGCUCGUUGUUCGACCGGGUGAUCCUAGGAUAGGCGGAAGAGUGUGUUGGAAGUGCAGUGGCGAUGGUUGGCAAUACAAGACGAUGGGGUUGGAGACCAAGACGUGCUCGGCGUGCAACGGGCUGGGCAGGCUAUUUUAG